AUGAACUGUCCCUCGCGUACCGACGACAUCACGCUGGAGCAUCCCGAUUGGAACCAGAACCCGCCGUUCCUCGCCCCCGAUUUGACCACCUGCGCGGACCUGAACGGCAUCGCCAACGCCCGCGAGCACCGCAGAGGCACCGACGGCGCCGGCGAUGGGUCUGACGGACGGGGUGAUGAAAUGAAUUACCAGACCCUACCACGUCUGCAGCCCGAUCGACGAGCCGCCGUUUCGGGAGGGUGGAAGUACGGCUUCCAUCCCCGAAACAUUCACGUGCAUGGUGGUGAUGACCAUACACGUCUUCUCAAGGGUUCCGACCCAUCUCGCUCCAGCACCUGGGGCUGGCUGAGCUGGAUCCUUUCCGUCGUGGGCUGCUCAGCCAUCAUUUCGGCUCUCAAGAGUCCCGAGGCCGUCGCCUCGUUCAUGUUCGCAUCCAAACACACCGCCCAAUCUGCCUUCAAGCGCUCCGUUCGCGCCACCAAACGCUCGACCUGCCCGACUGGCGGUCUCGGCGACGAGGACAGUUACAACACCCCUCUUCACGUCGGCGCUCUCUUCAUCAUCCUCGGCGUAUCCUUCCUCGCCUGCGCCUUUCCCCUCAUCGCGUCCCGCAUCCCCGGUGUUCGCAUCCCGCGGCCCUUCUUCUUCGCCGUGCGCCACUUCGGUACCGGCGUCCUUCUCGCGACCGCCUUCGUUCAUCUCCUACCCACCGCCUUCACUCUCCUCGGCAACCCAUGCCUGAGUUCGUUCUGGGUCGAGGACUACCCUGCCAUGCCGGGCGCCAUCGCCCUGGCCGGCAUUUUUCUCGUCACCCUAAUCGAGAUGGCUUUCUCGCCCGCCCGUCAAAUGUCUUGCACCCCCGCCGACACCGUCCUGUCGCCGCACCGCCCCGAGUCCGCCGACGAAGAUGCCCAGCGAGACCCGGGCUCCUACCCGCUCGAGAUGGCCCCGAGCCGCGGCGCCCGACGUAACAGCAUCGGACGCACGCUCUCGCGGAUCGGUCGCGACGAGGCGGCGGGUCAGGAGCAUGCUGGUGAAAAGCUUGCCAAGCGAGUCGACGAGGAAUCGCGCGCCGUGAAUGUCGGCAUGGUCAACGGCAUCGCCCUCUCUCCCGCGCAGCAGCACCAGAAGGACAUCCUCCAAUGCAUGAUGCUAGAGGUCGGCAUCCUCUUCCACUCCGUCUUCAUCGGCAUGACCCUCAGCGUCUCCGUCGGCCACGAAUUCGUCAUCCUCCUCAUCGCCAUCGCCUUCCACCAGACCUUCGAAGGCCUCGCCCUCGGCUCCCGCAUCGCCUCCAUCGACUGGCCCGCCGGCAGCCUGCAGCCCUGGAUGAUGGCCCUCGCCUACGGCUGCACCACGCCCAUCGGCCAGGCCAUCGGCCUCGCCACCCACCGGCUCUACAGCCCGGACUCCGAGUUCGGCCUCAUCCUGGUCGGAACCAUGAACGCCAUCUCUUCGGGUCUUCUCGUUUUUGCGGCGCUCAUCGAGCUGCUCGCCGAGGACUUCUUGUCCGACGAGAGCUGGCGCAUCUUGCGGGGCCGGAAGCGCGUGUACGCGUGCCUUCUCGUCUUCUUCGGCGCGUUCGGCAUGAGUCUUGUCGGGGCGUGGGCUUAA